AUGGUGGGAGUCUGGCUCCCUCCCCUGAUAACUGUGUUGCUGUCCUUAGCCCUGGAAACUGCUGGACAAGAAGGCCAGGGUGACAGAAAUGGAGAAAGAAUUAUAGAUGGCUACCCAUGUGAAAAAGGGUCCCAUCCAUGGCAGGUGGCCCUGCUCAAAGGUGAUCAACUCCAUUGUGGAGGAGUGCUGGUCAGCGAACGCUGGGUGCUCACCGCAGCCCACUGUAAAAUGGGUCAAUACACUGUGCAUCUGGGCAGUGAUAAGAUAGGGGAUAAGAGUGCCCAGAGGAUUAAGGCUACGCGAUCAUUCCGACACCCUGGCUACUCCACAAGGACCCAUGCCAAUGACAUCAUGCUUGUGAGGUUGGAUAGGCCAGUCAAGAUGUCAUCCAAUGUGCAGAAAGUCAACAUUCCGUCACGCUGUGAACCUCCAGGGACAUCCUGCACUGUCUCUGGAUGGGGCACCACAACCAGCCCAGAUGUGACCUUUCCCUCGGACCUUAUGUGCUCGGAUGUGAAGCUCAUCUCCUCCAAGGAGUGCAAGAAGGUGUACAAGGACCUGCUGGGGAAAACCAUGCUGUGUGCUGGCAUUCCUGACUCUAAGACCAACACCUGCAAUGGCGACUCAGGAGGACCCUUGGUGUGCAAUAACAACCUUCAAGGUCUGGUGUCCUGGGGAACCUACCCUUGUGGCCAGCCCAAUGACCCAGGAGUCUACACUCAAGUCUGCAAGUACACAAAGUGGUUGCAAAACACCAUGGAAACCUAUCGCUAAAGCACCAGACUGUGUGCCUCCAAGAACAUGCGUGUAGAGUAAGGACACCUGUGGCAACGCCGUCAAGUCCUGUCUGACUCCCUUGCCUCCAAGAUAGAGCAACACAAUGCCAAGUUUAUAAACCAACCAGAACCCCAGACACCUACAAGCAAAUUAAGUCAAAAGACUAAGA